GGAUGCAGUGGCACUGGGGGACUGCCCUGUGGAUACUGGGAGGGCUGGGGGACAACAAGGCUUUAGUCCCCCCGUGUCCCCCUGCCUGUCCCCAUCUUUGCAAUAAAUCUGUUUGUGAGACCCACCUGCCCCCCUUUUCCCCCCCUCCCGUCUGCGCCGUGUCCGGGGGAUGCACCGGGAUGAUCCAGCCGGGAUGAGCCCCGUGUUUGCUCAGGGAAUUGGCAGCAGCCUCUGCCCGGCUGCGGGGCGGGGGGGUCGCCCUGGGGGUCCCUCCCUGGCUGCGGUGCUGACGUCCAUCCCGCUGGCUCCUGCAUCCCAAGGGAUGCAUCUCCCGGGGCUGUGUCCCCCCGUCCAGCCUGGUGACGGUGGCAGGGCUGGGGGGACACACAGCUCUGCGUCAGCGGGUGUUUGCCCAGGCCGGGGCCUGGGGGGGCUGGGGGUUAUAAAGCUGAGCCUGGCACUUCCAUGAGAAUCCAGGAAGGCUCCAGCACCGGGAACAUGGGACACCCUCGGCUCUGCCUGCUCUACCUGGUGGGCUUUGGCCUCAUCCUGCCCAGCACCCCCGAGCCAGUGCCAGGGGUCCUUCCCCACCUGAGCCUGCCUGGGCACAGCCAGGAGGAGACAGAGCUGGUGGAGGUGCUGCAGGAGGUGCUGGAGAAGAUCGGGACGAGGGAUCAGGAGGUGCUGGAGAAGCUCGGGACGAGGGAUCCGCCGGCGCUGGAGAAGAGGCUGAGCUGGGUGCCCUUGUGCCAGCCCGGGAAGUCGUGCGCGGUGCGGCGCGGGGCGCGCAUCGGGAAGCUCUGCAGCUGCCCCUUCGGCACCUCCUGCAACCUCUUCAUCCUCAAGUGCUCCUGAGGGAUCGGGGACGCCGGGGGACACCAGCUGCCACUCGCCUGUGCCCCCUCCCCGCACCGGGAUGGAUCCGCACAGCACCCUCGGGUGCCCUGGGCUGUGGG